AUGCCUCCCAUACCACAGAAGAUGAAGGCCAUCCAGGUGACUUCGUAUAACAAACCCUACGUCCUCAACACAGUCCCGAUCCCCUCGGACCUCGGACCGCACGACCUACUGGUCAAGGUGGCCGUGGCCUCGUACUGCCACACGGACGGCAUGGUGUCCUCGGGCGUCUUUGGCACCAAGCUGCCGGUAACGGCGUCGCACGAGGGCUCCGGCACCAUCAUCCGGACCGGUUCCGAGGCGGGGGACUUCAAGCCAGGCGAUCGCGUCAUGUGCGGCCUGCCACUCCACCCGUGCGGUGCCUGCGCCGACUGCCUGGGCCCCGACGAGGGCCACCGCCAGUAUUGCGCUCACCUCGAGGGCCACGUCGGCGUACACGUCGACGGCUGCCUGGCGGAGUACGUGCGGGUGGACGCCCGGAGCACGACGCCAUUGCCGGAUGAGGUCAGCUUCCUGUCGGCGGCACCGCUGGCGUGCGCCGGCCGCACCGUAUGGCGGAGCGUGCUGCAGGCGGACCUCAAGGCCGGCCAGUGGCUUGCCAUCGUCGGGUCCGGCGGCGGGCUGGGCCACUUGGGGAUCCAGUUCGCCAAGCGGGCGAAGGGCCUGAACGUCGUGGGCAUCGACGCCCGGGACGAGGGGCUGCGGCUGUCCGCGGAGAGCGGCGCCGACGUUGUGGUGGACGCACGCAAGGGCAAGGCUGAGGUCGUGGCCGCGGUGCAGCGUGUCACGGGGGGUCAGGGGGCGGACGCGACCAUCGUGCUGUCGGACGCCGACGACGCGGCAGCGGUCGGCUGCGCCGUGACCAAGAUGCACGGCACGCUGGUGCAGGUCGCGCAGCCGGACGAGGUCAAGAUUCCAUUUCAGGAGCUGGUCUUCCGUGACAUCCGGGUUAAGGGCAGCCUCCUGUGCUCGCCCGAGGAGUCCAAGUCGAUGCUGCAGGCCGUGGCGGAGCACGGCAUCACCGUCACGACGAAUCCGUUCCAGGGGCUGGACAAGAUGAACGACUUGACUGAUUUGAUUCACAGUGGGAGGGUCGCAGGUAAGGCGGUGGUUGUGGUCGAUCCGGAGCAGAUCGACGCGGAGAAGAAAAUAGGGGCCAAAUACUAG